CGCGCAGGGUGUUUUCAGUGCUCCAAGCGGCGAAUCAUAUGUGAUGGCUUACAGCCGAUCUGCUCAAAGUGUCAGAAAAAAGGCAUUGAAUGUUCAGGACAAGGGCGUAUCCGCUUCUCGAAUGCGGUGGCGCUACGCGGGAAGUUCAAAGGGUGUGCCAUUCCCGUGGCCGGCAUGUCAGGCACAGCUAUUAUUCGACAGCCACAGCAAGAACCAAUCAUACAACCGAUGAACAUCAGGUGGAAGAAUGACCAAAAGUCACGAGUGAACCGAAAAUCUACCAAGCGCCGAGCGAACCCGACCGAAUGUGAACCCGAGAAGGCAGCGGCCAUACGACCCAGAGCGCGAAGUGGACCGGAAACACAACACAACACGGAUCACCAAGACGAGAAACUCCCAUCUCAAACCAACAUGAAGGAGAGUGUCGUGGAAGCCCUGACACCGAAGCGCUCUUCGCCCUCGCAGUCAGCCUAUCCAGCGGAUCUUGAGUUGAUUAGACGUUUCCAUGGCACCCGCCACGGAGGCAACAUCAGCAACACGGCAUCAAACUCGAUUCGACAAAUCCCUCAGUGGAUUGCUCCUUUAAACUCGGACACACGUAUGCUAUUUUCCCACUUUGCCCAAGAAGUUGCACCAGUUAUGGUCAUUUUGGAUAGUGUAUCGAAUGGGUAUCGCGAUGUACUACUGCCGCUUGCCUGCGAGGAUGACCUCUUGCAGCAUGCUAUCUGCGUUGUGGCCACGCAGCACUUGGCAUUGCACAACACCUACCACCAGCAUGCUGCAGACCAAAGUCGUGCCGCUGUUAUAUCGCGACUCCGCCGGGAGUCAUUGCAAUCGUGCCCUGAUCGGAUCUUCAAUGUAUCCACGUGGGCUACCUUGAUCAUUCUGUUAGUUGGCGAAACUAUAACGGGUAGUUCAGAAUGUGGACACAUGCUACAGAUCUUAAUCUCGUUGGCCUGGAAUGUCUCUCAGAAGACACCGUCUGAAUUGAGUAGUUUCCUCCUGCAGCAAACUCACAUGUUUCAGCUCCUUGGACAGCCACUACUCGGGACGACUGCGGGAUGUUCUUCGUCUUUGAACCUGCCGAUUCAUCAUUACCUUGAUUGGACAUAUUACGAUAUCCCAUCCAACUCCGAGCAUUGCGAUCUGUUGCGUUUGUCGAGGGAUGCGUUCAUGAAGGCAUUCCAAAUAUACACCGGCCGCAGAACCGGUAAUGACAACCAAUGGGAACUACUGGAAAGUCUGAAGCAAGUGGUCUGUCAAGUCGAUCCAGGCCAAAUGGGCUCACAUGCCCUUGUCUGGGUCUGUUUUAUCGGAGCGGCUGACAGCGCUGAUCCGGCCCACCGAAGAUUCUUCUUGGAUCGAAUGAGCAAUAUUUAUGCCAAAACCAAGUUCCAGAAUAUUGCCGCAGGCAUGCGUGCGCUGCCUGGGAUUUGGUCAGAGCAAAGCUCCAGCAAAUGGACGGAAGACCUCUUUCGGUUGGCCCCUACAUUGGUGAUAUGA